GAGGGCUCAUUGCAGGUGCUGGACCUGUGGAUGGCCCCAGGGGUCUGUGCUCAGUGCAUGGUCGACAACAGGGGCCCCUCAGUAACCGGAUAGCAGAUGCACAACACUGAAUCUUUUAGAGCUCGACUGUAAAAUGGUUUGACUGUCCCCAGAAGAGAUAUUAAGCCAGUCACAGAGUAAAGAAUGGAGAGCAAGGCAAUGCUUCACUGGCAAAGCUACAAUGUCAUGCAGAGCGGCGUGGACGACAUGGUCCUUCUGUCCAAGAUCAACGAGAGUUCCAUUGCGGAGAACCUCAAGAAGAGAUUCAUGGAUGACUAUAUUUUUACGUACAUUGGGCCUGUGCUCAUCUCUGUCAACCCCUUCAAGCAGAUGCCAUACUUCGGGGAAAGUGAGGUGGAGAUGUACCAGGGUGCGGCUCAGUAUGAGAACCCCCCACAUAUCUACGCACUGGCCGACAACAUGUACAGGAACAUGAUGAUUGACUGUGAGAGCCAGUGUGUCAUCAUCAGCGGUGAGAGCGGUGCUGGGAAGACGGUGGCAGCCAAGUACAUCAUGAGUUACAUCUCUAAAGUGUCCGGCGGGGGAGCUAGGGUACAGCACAUCAAAGACAUUAUCCUUCAGUCUAACCCUCUCCUGGAGGCCUUUGGAAAUGCCAAAACCCUGAGGAACAACAACUCCAGCAGAUUUGGGAAAUACUUUGAGAUCCAGUUCGGCUCUGGUGGGGAGCCAGAUGGUGGGAAGAUCUCCAACUUCCUGCUGGAAAAAUCACGGGUUGUCACACGAAAUCCUGGGGAAAGGAGCUUCCAUAUAUUUUAUCAGUUAAUAGAAGGAGCCAGUCAAGACCAAAAAAGCAGCCUUGGAAUCACAAGCGUCGAUUACUACUAUUACCUCAAUCAGUCUUGGUCCUACAAAGUGGACGACAUCAAUGACAAAAGCGACUUCCAGGAAACAAUGCAUGCUAUGGACGUGAUUGGCAUCACAGCGGAGGAUCAGGCCCAGGUCCUGCAGGUCGUUGCUGGGGUGUUGCACCUUGGCAAUGUCAGCUUCAAGGAGGUGGGAAACUACGCAUCAGUGGAGAACGAACAAUGUCUGGCUUUCCCUGCUUUCCUACUGGGCAUUGACCAGAACCGGCUGAGGGACAAGCUGACCAGCCGUAAGAUGGACAGCAAGUGGGGAGGCAAGUCCGAGUCCAUCGAUGUGACUCUGAACGUGGAGCAGGCCUCUUACACACGCGACGCCCUGUCUAAGGCUCUGUACUCUCGUAUCUUUGACUUCCUGGUGGAGUCCAUCAAUAAAGCCAUGGUAAAGGACAAUCAGGAGAUGAACAUUGGGGUUUUGGAUAUUUAUGGAUUUGAAAUUUUUGAGAAAAAUGGCUUUGAGCAGUUCUGCAUAAACUUUGUGAAUGAAAAGCUUCAGCAAAUCUUCAUUGAGCUCACCCUGAAAGCUGAGCAGGACGAGUAUAUACAGGAGAGAAUUAACUGGACCCCCAUUGAGUACUUCAACAACAAGACAGUAUGUGACCUUAUUGAGAGUAAGCUGAACCCCCCAGGUAUCAUGAGCAUCCUGGAUGAUGUGUGCGCCACCAUGCAUGCAGUCGGAAAAGGAGCGGACUGCACCCUGCAGCAGAAGCUAUGCAUGCAGAUCGGCACCCAUGAGCACUUUGACAGCUGGAAACAGGGUUUCGUUAUACAUCACUAUGCUGGAAAGGUGGCCUACACUGCAGAGGGAUUCUGCGAAAAAAACCGGGACGUCCUCUUCACAGACAUCAUUGAAUUGAUGCAGAGCAGUGAAAUCCCAUUCAUCAAAGCCUUAUUUCCAGCAAAUCUGAAUGCAGAGAAGAAGGGAAGGCCUACUACUGCAGGCAGUAAAAUCAAGAAACAAGCCAAUGACCUGGUGAGCACCCUGAUGAAGUGCACUCCACACUACAUUCGCUGCAUCAAGCCCAAUGAGACCAAGAAGCCCAGGGACUGGGAGGAUGGCCGGGUGAAGCACCAGGUGGAAUACCUAGGCCUAAAGGAGAACAUCCACAUCCGCUGUGCUGGCUUCUCCUACAGGAGAGUCUUUGGGAAGUUCCUACAGAGGUAUGCAAUCUUGACAAAGGAGUCAUGGCCAACAUGGCGGGGUGAUGAGAAGCAAGGCGUUCUUCACCUCCUGCGCAGCACCAACAUGGACCAAGAUCAGUUCCAGCUGGGGCACACCAAGGUGUUCAUCAAGGCCCCUGAAUCGCUCUUUCUGCUGGAGGAGAUGAGGGACAGGAAGUUCAACUCCUACGCAAGGGUUAUCCAGAAAGCCUGGCGCAAAUACAAGGGCCACAACCAAUAUGACGAGCUGAUAGAGGAAGCCUGCAUCCUGUUCCUGAACCGUAAAGAGAGACGAAGGCAUAGCAUCAACAGGAGCUUCAUGGGAGACUACUUGGGCACGGAGAACUUACCAGAGCUGUGCCAACUACUGGGCAAGGGGGAGAAUAUUGACUUUGCUGAUAAAGUCACCAAAUAUGACCGCCGGUUUAAGGCGAUAAAGAGGGACUUGAUUUUGACACCAAAACGUGUGUACCUGAUUGGUCGGGAGAAGGUGAAGCAGGGCCCUGAUCAAGGUCAAGUGAUAACAGUGCUGAAGAGGAGAAUUGAGAUAGAGAAGAUUUUGGCAGUCUCUCUCAGCACCAUGCAGGACGACUUCCUGAUCCUCCACGAGCAGCAGUACGACAGCCUGCUUGAGUGUACCUUCAAGACAGAGUUCAUCACUCGGCUGGCCCGCCACUUCAUGGAGCACACCCAGAGGAAGCUGCCACUCAAGUUCAGCACCAUAUUGGAGCUGAAACUCAAGAAGGAAAGCUGGGGGCCUUGGAGCACAGGAGGCUCCCGGCAGGUACACUUUGUCUGGGGUCAAAGUGAUUUGGCCACCCUGCGAGUUUCCAGCAGGGUACUGCAGGUCAGCAUUGGCCCCGGACUGCCCAAGAACUCGCAUCCCACUAAGAACACACAGAGCAACUCCAGAGUUUUCAAAACCUACCAGCGAUACCCGACCCAGGCGGCCCCUCCUCCUCCUCAACUUGCUCACCAGAAUGGCAGGCUGAACACCAUUAGCCAGGUGAACACCAGCAGGCAGCAGAGCACCAUCCAGAGGGUACAGCCAAACAGCCUGACACCACCCACUCUGCUGCCCACCGUCAGUGUCAACCAUCUGCGAGACAAAGGCAGAGCAGUGCUACCAAACCUAGACUGCCUUAGGAUACCAGACCAGGGUGCUGCAGGAAUUCAAAGGCAGACCAUCAGCAGACCAACCCCUGGCGGUGGGCGGGCCAAACCUGCAUCGAAGCUCGGCCUCACUUCCAAACCUCAGCUGCGCCACUGCAAGGCCAUGUAUGCCUACGAUGCCCAAGACACUGACGAACUGAGCUUCAGUGCAAACGACAUCAUCAAAAUCAUCAAAGAAGAUGCCUCUGGCUGGUGGAUGGGGGAACUACAAGGAAACAAGGGCCUGUUUCCCAGCAACUAUGUCAACAGGAUAUAGCCCUGUAUGUCCACUGUAUGGAUGACUACAUUCCAGCAGAGGGCCCCAAACAAGAAGCCAGCAAGUCACCACUCAGAGAAAGUGAAAUUCCUUCUCCAGGCUGCAGCUGUUGGGCCCCAGGCCCAUCUCCUUGUUCUCCUGGACUGAGACAAGUGAUAGUCUCUUUGAGCCAUGGUGAAAGCAGUAAUCGCUGCUAUGAGGAAGUGAAGAAACUUUUCAUUGACUCAUAUUAUACGUUGCAUAUACAUCAGAGCUAUCAUCCACCUGUGAGGGGCAGGGUGCACAUUAUAUAGGAAAUAUUACAUUAGGAACAUUAAUUUGGGCAGCUUAGUGGUAAAUUGUUUGAAUGUCUUUUUCAUGGAAAUACUGUAUUUGCUGCUAUAGAUCCACUGUAGACACAUAUAGUCUAAUUACCAAAUGCUUAUACUGUGGACUAGAAAUUGACCUUGGCCCCAGAUAACUCUGGUAUACUUGCACCUAGAGUGGGAUGUUAAUGCUCAGAUUGAUACCUCCCCCCCAGCUGUUUUACAGAAAGGGUGAAACUUGAGACUUUUCAAGUAAGUUUCUCUCCAAAUUGAGCCACACUGCUUUUUAGAUUAAACUCAUACUUGCUUUUAACUGUAGUGAAAGUUAAUUUAGUGAUUUGGGUUGAUCAAGCACAAGGCAACAGCACUAGCCACUACAGGUACUGUUUGUACACUUCAUAUGAUAGUGACUCAAUUUUGUACAUCCCUGUCUAUACAGCAGGCAUUCAGAAGCAAUGCAACACACCCUUAGAAUUACACUGGAAUACUGUCUCUCUCUCACACACACACUCUUCUGGGUCACUAAACUUUAAAAUUUGCAUUGCAAAUUACUCCUUUACAUUCCAUGCCUCUUGUCCAGGUAAUUUCUAGUUAUACCAAGUUGUACUCUGUGCAGAAAACCAGGCCAACAGGAAUUAAAUGUGUUCU